AUGUCUGUGGUGAAGUGGAUCGAGUUAGUGCUGCCCAAGGAUGCGAUCUACCUGGCCGGCUCCUGCAUAAAAGGGCAGGUGAUUCUAACCCUGAACAGCACCCUGGUGGACCCCAUUGUGAAGGUGGAGCUCGUGGGAAGGGGUUACGUGGAGUGGAGCGAGGAAACCGGGGCAUCCCGUGAUUAUAGCAGAGAUGUUAUUUGCAACAACAAGGCCGACUAUGUACACAAGUCAAAGAAGUUCCCAGUGAAGGAUAAUUGGUUAAGUGCAGGCAGCCACACCUUUGAUUUCCAUUUCAACUUACCUCCCAGGCUCCCUUCUACCUUUACCAGCAAAAUUGGCCAUGUCUUCUACUUCGUGCAAGCCUCCUGCAUGGGCCGGGAGCACAUUCUAGCAAAGAAGAGAAUGUACUUGUUGGUUCAAGGGACUUCGGACUUCCCCCGAGAAAACCAGUCUAAACUUCCCCUGUUUGUGGAGACUGAGAAGAAGGUCUCCUACAACUGCUGCAGGCAGGGCACCAUCUGCGUCCAGAUCCAGCUGGAAAAUAACACCUUCACGCCAGGGGAGAGGGUCCUCUUCACCACGGAGAUCAACAACCAGACCAGCAAGUGCAUCAAGACGGUCGUCUUCGCCCUCUACACCCACGUGCAGUACGAGGGCUUCACGCCCAAGACGGAGCGGCGGUCACGGGUGGAGAGCUGCGAGCUGCUCCGCCAGGAGGCCAACACCCAAAUCGUGCCCUUCGACACCACCAAGAUCGUCAGCAUCUUCCACCUCCCGCCGGUGUUGUCUGUGAGCAGCGACAUGCAGGAAGGCGAGAUCAUGAGCACCCAGUACGAGCUGGUCAGCACGGUGCACCUGCCCUGGUCCCUGACCAGCGUGAAGGCCAAGAUUCCCAUCAUCAUCACCAGCACCCCCCUGGACUCAGACAGCUGCCAGAGGCAGGAGUGGGCAGGCAGUGUUAGCCAUGAGCAAGGAUUGCCAGAAUUAAAUGCCCAAACUUCUAAAUAG